AUGGCUUUUGCAAGACACCCCUCACUGUUCAGGACACUGCUGCUGAUCCUGGUGCUCUCGGCUAAACUGGCCCAUGGGAGGGUUGUACGGACUGUACCCAACAAGGAAGGAGGCACUAAUGAGAAAAUGAGCGACGACUGCCAGACCCAAAAGAAUUCCAGAUUCCCUCUAAGUGUGAAAGUCAACAUACACAUCAGCAGCCCCAGUCAUGCUAUCAGAAUGGCUCAUGAUGUCAGGAACCGGUCUAUAUCUCCUUGGGAUUACAGCAUGACCAAGGAUCCCAACCGGUUCCCCGAAGUGAUCGCCGAGGCCAAGUGCCGCCAUUACAGCUGCGUGAACGCCUUGGGGCAGGAGGACUACAGCAUGAACUCCGUCCCCAUCCAGCAGGAGAUCCUUGUUCUCCGACGGGAGCAGAGAGGCUGCCAGCACACCUACCGGCUGGAGAAGCAGCUCAUCACCGUAGGCUGUACCUGUGCUGUGCCUCUUCUCCAUCAUCAGUCCUAA